AACUUGUUUGUGUGAGAUUAAGUCUUUGACAAUAAAAAUGCUUCGUAUAUAAGGUUUGAUGGACGAAAAGGGGAAACCCGGCUGUCACUUUAUUUCCCUAUCAAAUCUUCCGUCUUGAAAAAGAGUAUCAAAUUUCCACAGGUAUCAUAUUGGGCUAACACCGGUAUCAGGGGAAGUAACUCAUACCACCCGUCAACCCAUUGGGUUCUUCGCGUUAAUACUAGUAUACAGCUAAACAAGCUAUUUUGCCGACAAGUUAAAGCAUAUAAGAGACAGACAUGGUUAGUAGAGCAGUCUAUAUUACAGCAGACAGAAGUACAUGUAGGCACACCAUCCGAAAUCAGAACGUUCGUGUAUGAUUGAUAACAAAUUAUUUCGUUUGUGUCCACACGGUGCUGUUUCCAUGGAAUUCGGUUUAGGGUGCGAGGGGCAAAAUUGGCAUUACUGUACUGGAUCAUUUGAUGAAUAUUUAUGAACACAUUUACAAUGAGCUGGAUUCUGAUGGGUUUUCACAAGCACAGCGAUGAUCGGAAUACCUUAUGACGAGGAGCGGAAUAGCAGCCUUCGGCAUGUAUUUAAUGUUGUCAAGCUGUUCACACUUCUACAGGAGGGGCCAGUUUGAGGUUUGGGUCAUCGACCCCUUUGCACAGCGUCCGCUUUGGGCAUUAUUCAUGGAAUGUUUCCGUUGGCGGCACGAGUCUUCCUUGCGAGAUGAUACACUCUUGUGAUAACCAACUUCUGUUUGGUCAGCUCUACCCGUCACGAACUACACCUGCAGCUGGUGUGACAGCUAUGAGACGACGCAUACCUGACCGAAUUUAAGGGAUUUGUUGGUUUGAUUGUAGCAGAACUCAGCACGCAGCAGUACUCCAUAAAAAAAACAGUGUUUAAUUUUAUGUAGGACGAUCCACGCCAUCGAGAUCGAUGUCACCAAGGCAACACCCGAGUGUCCCCUCUUGUGGAAAGAUGGUUGCGCUGUUCUAGUUUAUCCCCGAAUUCCCACGGAUUUAUAAGGAGAUGGCAGUUCACAAGAACAUUGACCGAGGGUAUGCGUGGGUGGUGUUGGUCACCAGCUGGCUACAAGUGGUCAUCUCUGGCAUCUUCUACUACACAACGGGUGUGGUCAACACCGCCCUCCUGGAGAAUAUGCAGGAGGGCGUGGUCAAGACAUCGUGGGUGGGGUCUACCUUGUAUGGGACGAUGAUGCUUACAGCACCGGUGACCAGCUCUUUAACGAAUGUGUUGGGGUGCCGCAUUUCGGCCGUUCUUGGAGGUCUUCUGACUCUGGUGGGCAUGGUGGCUGCAUUCUUCGCCAAGUCGAUAGAUGGGGUAAUUGUGUCCUAUGGAUUUAUUGCAGGUCUAGGAAUCGGAUUCCUUGAGACAUCAGCGACUGUUAUUACUGGUCACUAUUUCAACAAAUACCUCCCUCUUGCCUCGGGGCUACAGAUGUCCGGAGGAGGGUCAGGGAUGCUCAUAGGUGCUCCGUUAGUGAGAUGGCUGCUUGAUACGUUCGGACUUAGUGGGACCUUUCUCAUACUGGGCGCCAUAGGAGCUAACACAUGUGUGUGUGGUAUGAUGUUUAGACCAUCACCACAUGAGCAACAAGCAGGAACAAAGAAAAGAGAGACACCGGGAGACGUGAAACGAAAUUUUGUGGAUGAAGAAGUAGAAGAACAACCAGAAGUCAGAACCAGUUUUCUGCAACGUUUACGUUCGACAGUCAGUGAAAUGAGGACAGUUUUGUCAAAUGUUAGCUUUAUGCUAUAUGUCCUUUCCUAUACAUUAUGGGGAUUUGGAGAAUCUAUUAUAUAUGUACAUCUACCUUAUUUUGUGGAAUCCAAAGGAACAAGCCAACAAAAUUCCGCCAUGUUGUACACAGCUAUGGGAAUUACUAGUAUCAUAGCUCGUGUGCUGGCAGGAUUUGCUGGUAACGAUCCAGCAAUAGGAGUCUUCAUGCUACAUACAGGUAUGCUGGGUGUAGCGGGAGUCCUGAUUAUGAUGUGUCCCCUUCUUGCCAGUUCGUUCACACUGCAGCUCCUGUUCUGUAGUAUCUAUGGUAUCUACAGUGGUGGGCCUAUGGCGUUAUUAAACCCAAUUAUUGUAGAUCUGUUAGGCGUGAAACAACUGGCGACUGGAUACGGAAUGGUUAAUUUCAUUGCUGGCCUUGGAUUACUUCUCGGACCUCCGUUCGCAGGGUUCAUCAUGGACGUUUCGGGAAGCUACGAUGUUAGCUUUGCAUGUUCUGGAAGCGCACUUGUGAUAGGAAGUCUACUCUCUCUGGGCAUACCGAUCUUUAAGCGACCAAGUGCAUCAAGUGUCUCCCGUGACAGAGAAAUGAACAUGGCAGUUGCUGAAGAAUACACAGUUGUUGCAUGUGGAACAGAGGGGUUUAUCCCCGAAUUCCCACGGAUUUAUAAGGAGAUGGCAGUUCACAAGAACAUUGACCGAGGGUAUGCGUGGGUGGUGUUGGUCACCAGCUGGCUACAAGUGGUCAUCUCUGGCAUCUUCUACUACACAACGGGUGUGGUCAACACUGCCCUCCUGGAGAAUAUGCAGGAGGGCGUGGUCAAGACAUCGUGGGUGGGGUCUACCUUGUAUGGGACGAUGAUGCUUACAGCACCGGUGACCAGCUCUUUAACGAAUGUGUUGGGGUGCCGAAUUUCGGCCGUUCUUGGAGGUCUUCUGACUCUGGUAGGCAUGGUGGCUGCUUUCUUCGCCAAGUCGAUAGAUGGGGUGAUUGUGUCCUAUGGAUUUAUUACAGGUCUAGGAAUCGGGUUCCUUGAGACAUCAGCGACUGUUAUUACUGGUCACUAUUUCCACAAAUACCUCCCUCUUGCCUCGGGGCUACAGAUGUCCGGAGGAGGCGCAGGGAUGUUUAUAGGUGCUCCGUUAGUGAGAUGGUUGCUUGAUACGUUCGGUCUCAGUGGGACCUUUCUCAUACUGGGCGCCAUAGGAGCUAACACAUGUGUGUGUGGUUUGAUGUUCAGACCCUCAGCACAUGAGCAACAAGCAGGAACAAAGACAAGAGAGACACCGGGAGACUCGACCUGUAAUCUUGUGGAUGAAGAAGUAGAAGCACAACCAGAAGUCAGAACCAGUUGUCUGCAACGUUUACGUUCGACAGUCAGUGAAAUGAGGACAGUUUUGUCUAAUGUUAGCUUUAUGCUAUAUGUCCUUUCCUACACUUUAUGGGGAUUUGGAGAAUCUAUUAUAUAUGUACAUCUACCUAAUUUUGUGGAAUCCAAAGGAACAAGCCAACAAAAUUCCGCCAUGUUGUACACAGCUAUGGGGAUUACUAGUAUCAUAGCUGGUGUGUUGGCAGGGUUUGCUGGUAACGAUCCAGCAAUAGGAGUCUUCAUGCUACAUACAGGUAUGCUGGGUGUAGCGGGUGUCCUGAUAAUGAUAUGUCCCCUUCUUGCCAGUUCGUUCACACUGCAGCUCCUGUUCUGUAGUAUCUAUGGCAUCUACAGUGGUGGGCCCAUGGCCUUUUUAAACCCAAUUGUUGUUGAUCUGGUAGGCGUGAAACAACUGGCGACUGGAUACGGAAUGGUUAAUUUCAUUGGUGGCUUUGGAUUACUUCUCGGACCUCCGUUUGCAGGGUUCAUCAUGGACGUUUCGGGGAGCUACGAUGUUAGCUUUGCUUGCUCUGGAAGCGCACUUGUGAUAGGAAGUCUACUGUCUCUGGGCAUACCGAUCUUUAAGCGACCAAGUGCAUCGAGUGUCUCCCGUGACAGAGAAAUGGACAUGGCAGUUUCUGAAGAAUACACACUUGUUGCAUGUGGAACAGAGGGGCAAUAAAUGUUAUACAGUCAUUGUUCUGUUUUUUCGUU